GACGGGCGGCGAGCGGGAAGCGAGUACCCUUACUGGUAAAGUUACGCGAUCGUGACCGUAAGUUACGGCUCCCCGCGAAAUGACUGAAUGGAAGGAAGUAAUAAUAAUUAACCGCUGUUCGUGAUUCACUAUUUGCAACUGCUGUCCUUUGUCUACUCAGAUUGAUCUUCCAUUCAAAUUCUAUAGACCUUCUCCUGGCUGGUGUAUUUUAGUUUAUACAUAUCCCAAGACGAUCCACCGCAGAACAAAAUGGGGACAAUUUCCCCCAACAGCCCGGCGCCCUUCAACCUCACCGCGGUUGACCGCCAGAUACUCUCCAUGACCGACGAGGAAUUCGUCCCUCACAACUGGGAGAAUCUGAAGGAACUGAUCGCCCGCAAUGCCCUUGAUGAACUCAAGCGGAAACCAUCCGAUCUGCGCCGAUAUAUGGCCUGGAGCAGCGACACCAAAGCUGUCUAUGGCUCGAUAACCAACUAUAUCUGCCAGGAGCGUCUGCGGUGGCAUGAGCCGGAGCAACAGGCCAACCCGGCUGAAGAAGAAAACGGCGCCAGAAACAAGAAUGGGGGCGUCCCAACAACAGCAACAGCAACAGCAGCAGCAACGGUUUCGGCUACUGCGACGGCUGACAGCAGACCCGUGAUUCCAUACAAGAACCCCGUUCCAUUUGCCGAUCCCGAGGAUUACCGUGUUCUGCGGAAUGACUGGCCCUAUGGCCUCGCACCCGGGAUCACCCAUCUGGUCGUCUGGCUGAAGACUCCUGUGGCUGUCAAGUCAGAGGACGGGGACGUCACGGAUGAGAGCCGGUCGCUCAUUGAGAAUUUCGUGCAGCGCACAUUUGUCGACAGGCUGAAACGCGCUGGCUUUGCGAACCCGAAGGAGCAGGUGCUGUGGUUCAAGAAUCCGGUCGGGUUGCAGAGUGUGAGGGCGCUGGAGCAUGUUCAUGUUCUUGUAAGAGAUGUGCCUGAUGAAAUUAUCGAAGAAUGGACGGGCGAAAGGAUGGAGCGCCAUUAAAGAUUGAUGACGAUUAUGAUGAAUGAUUAUGCAUGCUACUAGGGGUUCAUAGUGAGACUCUAGACAGAUCAUAUUAUAGAGUAUGUACAUAUAGACAGUUUUGCUGUUAUCUACACGGGAACAAUAUAUUUCACGUCAUAGAAAUCGAAAUGCAAGGUUAGUUCAAAGAUACAGAUG